GUAAACACAUCUUUGCCUACGUGACCCUCCCUGACUUGGCGGUGGGUCUCAUCCUAUUGGCUCUCUCUCUCUUCGUCCUCUGCUCCUGCCUCAUCCUCAUCGUCAAGCUGCUGAACUCCAUGCUGAAGGGCCAGGUGGCCGUGGUCAUCAAGAAGGUGCUCAACACAGACUUCCCCUUCCCCUUCGCCUGGGUCACAGGAUACCUGGCCAUGUUUGUUGGAGCUGGGAUGACCUUCAUCGUGCAGAGCAGCUCCGUCUUCACCUCCGCCAUCACGCCGCUCGUUG